AUGACUACAACAUUAAUUAAUAUACUUGAACAACGUCUCAAUAAUAUUACUAAUCGUUGGAGAGGCAUAAAUAUGAAUGAAAUUGAACAAACAAUGAAAAUGAUUGGAGGUUCAUCUUCAAUUUUUAUUGAUACAACACAUCAAUUCUCUGAUAAACAAUUGCAAUUAUUAAGUCGUGGACCAAGUUAUGUACCAUCACGUUUAAUGUAUAUCUUAUUUCCAAAUAAAUCUAUGGAUGACAUUGUCAAAAAACAAUUUGCACCAUUAAAACAUGAAUUAAUGAGGUCAAGGGAAUUUAUCCAAACACGCUAG